GUUCCCAUCGGAUUCUGCAGAAACUCAUGUGGUUCCUCCCGGCCACAGCCAAAAUGGUGAAGCUGAUCGAGAGCAAGGAAGCCUUUCAGGAGGCCCUGGCGGCUGCGGGAGACAAGCUCGUAGUUGUGGACUUCUCGGCCACGUGGUGUGGACCUUGUAAAAUGAUCAAGCCUUUCUUUCAUUCCCUGUCUGAAAAGUAUUCCAGUGUGGUGCUCCUUGAAAUAGAUGUGGUUGACUGCCAGGAUGCUGCUGCAGAGUGUGAAGUCAAAUGCAUGCCGACCUUCCAGUUUUACAAAAAGGGUCAAAAGGUGGGUGAAUUCUCUGGUGCGAACAAGGAAAAGCUUGAAGCCUCCAUUACUGAAUUGUUGCGUAAUCAUGCCCUGAGAAACAUAAUCAGCCAGGAGCUGUUUAAAACCUGUAACUUUUUUAAUUUUCAAAAUAUGAAGUGUGGAGAGUCUAUCCCCAACUGCCAUCUGAUUAUAAAUGAGGAUAAAGUAUUAAUUCUACCCUUUUUAAAACCGUCUGGAGUCUUAAUAUAAAUGAGAGAUAGCCUG